UUUGUUUUUUUCUACCGCCUGAUCAUUCCGCGCGCUUUAUAAAGACAGCUGCUCUGGCUGCCAUGCAUCUCGUCCUAGAAGAAGCAUGCAGAAACCGCUGAGAGAGCUGAGCCGUUUGUGCUUAGGUACAGCCGUGUCGGGGGGCGGUGGGGGCGGGGGUGGAGGUGGCCUGCAACACGUAUCCGCCGAGAUAUGUGACGAGGCUAAGGGUGGGCUGCCCCUGCUACAGGUAUGGCCCAGCGACUCGCCCAGAGGCGAGGCUGAUGGUCAAGCGCAAACUUUCGUGUUUCCCGACACUCAGGAGAGCGUAACUGACAGCGGAAUCGAUUCGAUACAGGUUUCUCCGUCGCCUUGUGGGCCGAUUUGUUCCGGAAGUCCCACAACGACACCUCAGCCGUCACGUCGGCCAAGUCUGCUGCAUCCGGAUCACGCGCGGCUUCAUCUUCAUCAUCUUCAUCACCACCACACUAGUGGCGGUUCAAAGUGCCCCUCAUCGCCGGAUAGGAACUCGUCCAUUGACGAAGACCCGCCACCCGGACCCCCAAGUCCGUCUAGCUCGACUACUAGCAGUUUACACUCAAUGCCCAGUUCUGCCAUGGCCUCGACGCAUUCUCAGGAUAGGAGACGAAGCAGCAGGUACAGCAUGUUCGACGCAUUGGACUUGGAGUACGCGUUGCUACGAGCAGCAGCGAGGGGUUCGGUGGGUCCCUAUUCGCUCUCGGAGUCGCUUCACAAGCUCACCUUCACCCAAAGCCUCGCAUUUCCGGCACUCGCUCGGGGUCUGGCCUCGAAGCAGAGCCGCCUGCCGGCUGCGCGGCCGAAGCAGGACGCGGAAACCGGUCUGAACGCGUUCGCUAAGGUCGUAACCGCCCUGGUGCUCGUUCUUGUCAGCGUCCUCGUCUUCGGUGUGGUCUACAAGUUUGUGAGGACGUGAGGGUGGCUUUUGGGUCCCAGCGGGGACCAAGCUGGCGCUCGUCACGACUCUGCUCAUAGAAAUCACGACGACUCUCCGGCCGGAAGACUCUUCAGCAACACCUGAACGCCUUCAUCUUCGUUCUUCCGGGUCCAGAAACUUUAAAUCCAAGAAUUCAGCACGGAGAUUAGCCAAGCGUGUAAUUGGCGUUUGGGUCCGAUGAAACCUUUUCUCGACAUCAUCGUC